AUUUCUAUGGAGGGCAUGGCCAACAUAAAUGCAGUUACCGUUAAAGAUUCCCCAGAGAGAAGGGUAGUGGUGUUGAGCCAGUAUAGUCCUUGUAUAGCUCGCAUAACCGACAAAAUCAAACUACUUCUAAAAAGCAUAAACAUGAUGGAAAAAUUCAUUGCCAUUUGGCUUCUUCUUUUACUGGAUAUUGAAAAAACCUCUGUCGCUGCAAGUGCCACUGCAAUGGAAGAUGUAUUUGUUCUGAAAAACGGAAUCUUGAUGCAGAGAAAGUAUUCUGCUGAACUGAAUACAACGUGGUUUUCGCCAAUCGCUAACUUUAAACUUGACGUCUUGGAAAAUGAUUUGGUGACUGACGCUUCCAAAGAGAGCUGCAUUCUGCUUGAACAAGAAGGUUCAGAAGCAAAUACCACAACAGUACUACGGUUUAAAGACAUUUCUAAGACUGCAGGAUUCGACCAUACUCACAGAGAUCACAUCCCUGUACGUCCACACUGCGUAUUAGAUUUUGUCGUUCCCUUUCACAAUUCGACCAAACGGGCAACGCUCGCUGGGGAAUUUUGCACAGCUGAACACAUCACAGGCGGAGCAGCUGUUGGCGACUACGAUGGUGACGGUCUGCUUGAUGUUUUUUUCAGCGUAUUUGACAAGCGAAGCGUUUUAUACCGAAAUUUAGGAAAUGGGAAAUACAAAGAUGUGACUACAGAAACCAAAAUUGGCCCUGAAAAAUAUGCCAAUGGUGCUGUUUGGAUUGAUAUUGACCAAGACGGUGACUUAGAUAUUUUUAUAACCACUGUUGGGGACUAUCGGCACUAUCUGUAUGUGAAUUAUGACGGUAUCUUCCGAGAAGAAGCGACAGAAAGAGGCGUCAGCUUCCAGUUUCCUACAAAGAGAAAAUUAGCAGGAAUGACACCAAAUGCUGGGGAUUUUGAUAACGAUGGCUACCCUGACAUUUACACUUCUGAGUGGAUUUUGCACAGCCAAGGUGGAAGGCCUUCCGCUUCAAGACUGAUGAGAAAUCUUGGUAAAGUUAAACCAGGCUAUUUUGAGGAUGUAACUUCCAAGGCUGGCGUUGACAUGGACAGCUACUGGGCCAGAGCGAGCCCCCUUAAUGCUGGAACACACACAUUUGGAGCCUCUUUCACAGAUUUUGAUAACGACGGUCUUCCAGAGCUCCUCAUUACUGGAGAUUAUGGAGAAAGCAAGAUGUUUUGGAAUAACGGAAAUAUGACAUUUCGCGAAUGUACAAGAAAUUGUGGACUAAUUGGUGACGUGGAUGCAAUGGGACAUGCAAUUGGAGAUUUAAAUAACGACGGAUACUUGGAAUGGUUUUCAACAGCAAUUUUUGACAAUGCUACUAAUUGCGAAGUGACUGGCUGCAUGUUUGGAAACAAGGGAAACAAGCUUUACAAAAAUCUCGGAGAUAGAAAAUUCCAAGAAAUUGCAGAUCAGGCUGGUGUUCGCAAUGGCCGCUGGGGCUGGGGGGCUGCUUUUAUCGACUUCAACAAUGAUGGAUAUCUUGACAUUGUUAUGGCAAACGGCUUUGACACACCAUCAACAACUGUUGAUGACACGUUCAUGACGGACAAUAUGCUGCUUUUCCAAAACUACGGCAAAGAUUUGGCUGGAUCAAUGGAGGGGAAAAUGAAAGAGGUUGCAAAGGAACAUCAAAUGAUUUAUAAAGGAAUGGGAAGAGGGCUUUUGAAAUACGACUUUGACAAUGAUGGAGAUGAAGAUGUUCUUGUCAUUGCCAAUGUAGGUCCUCCAGUUUUGUUUGAAAAUAUUGGAGGUAGUCGACAAAAUUGGCUUAGAAUUAAAGUCGUACAUAGGUGUGACGCCAACAAAAAUAAACUUUGUGACAGCUAUGGUGCAAGAGUAACCUUGACAGAUCCAAAAGGCAGAAACCAGACACAAGAAAUUGGCUCUAGCACUCACUUUCUUGGUCAGAGUGAAAUCGAGGCCCAUUUCGGUUUGAGCGAAUAUAGUAAAAACUUGACAGUACGGGUCUACUGGCCAGCAACAAAGCAAAAUGUUAUCAUCACAGACGUGAAAUCAAGAAAAACUUUGAGAAUCUUGAGACCAGAAAGUAUGGCUGGUGUUGUCAAGGAAUUCCAAGCGCUGAGAAAUUGUCAAAAACUGAAGAUUACUGAUGUUAAAGUUAAGGCAGGAUCUCUGUUUGGUGUUGCUGUAAGCCAAGACAAACAGUCUCUGGUGUUAAGGCUCCACCCGGCUGUUCCUUUACAUGGGCUUGGGUUGCAAACAUUUGACUACACGGCUGAAUUGCAGCCAGGUGGAAAUAUCACAAUCAGUGCCAAAGUAACAAUUGAUGCCCGGCUAUAUAUACGAAACAGCACAGUAACAUCGAGGUGCCCUCAUGGCAGAAUGUGGGUACCAGGGAUGCCUGUCCCUGCCAAAACGGAGAAAAGAACUUUCAAUGGUUUUUCAAACAAUAUGGAGAAUUUAUUCUGGGGAGCUGCGUCGGAAAAUUUGCGUCGCCUUGUUCCAAAUAACUAUUUAGAUGAUAUAGCGAUGCCCGCAGGCACAUGUACACAGGAGCAACGACGUACAAGAACAUGUCCUUACCCAGAGGAAUUGAGUGGCUAUGGGUCAAUCAGGCCUCCACCAAGGCUUAUCAGCAACGAGCUUUUUGCACAGAAAGAGUCGGUUAUAAGCGAAAGAAGUUUAAGUGACCUGCAUGUGCACUAUGGCCAGUUCUUUGUUCAUGACUUGGACUUCUCAAGCCCGUUACCUCGAUUUGAGUUUCAAGGGAUUUUGAAUGAGGUUUGGAUGCAAAUAACAGUUCCAAAGAACGAUUCACAUUUUGACCAAGAUGGUACGGGAAACAAAUACUUGCCAUUCACAAGAUCAACCUACAACAGAUGCACUGGGAGUUACCCGAACGGUUUCCCUCGCGAGCAAGUGAAUAAAAUCUCAUCAUACAUCGAUGCUACAGAUGUUUACGGAACAACAGAAGCUAGAUGUCUUCAGUUGAGGGCUAUGAAAGAUGGCAAGAUGAAACUGGAUGCAGAUGGGCUUAUACCGAAAAAUGUCAUGGGACUCGCCAAUGACAACCCCGUUGGAAGGAAGCAGUCAAUCUUGCGAGUUGCAGGUGACACAAGAGCGAAUGUUGCACCUGGAUUGUUAGCAUUCCACACACUUUUUGUAUUGGAGCACAAUCGCUUGUGCGAUGAAUAUAAAAAGAAGUAUCCACAGGCUAACGAUGAAGAAAUUUUCCAGUACGCUUAUCGUAUAGUUGUAGCAGAGCACCAGGCGAUUGCUUUUCGAGAAUACCUCCCUGCCGUACUAGGUGCAUCUAGCAUACCUCCGUACAAAGGAUACAAUUCGAGCAUUGAUGCUAGUGUGUCAAAUGUUUUUGCCACGGCAGCUUUCAGAUUCGGGCACAGUCAAGUCAAUACGCACAUUUUCAGAUUUGGCGAGGACUGGAAAGCAUUUAAGCAUGGACACAUACUUCUUAGAGAGAGCUAUUUUCAUCCUGAAAGGAUAGUGAACGAGGGUGGCAUUGAGCCGGUGAUAAGAGGGAUGAUAAAAAUGCCAGCUCAAAAGAUCGACACACUCGUGGUAGACGAGUUAAGAAAUGCCCUUUUCCCUGUUGGUCGUAGUAACGGAUUGGAUUUAGUAGCAAUGAAUAUUCAACGAGGAAGAGAUCAUGGACUACCUGACUUAAACACUGCACGUAAACUUCUUAACUUGAGAGCCUACACGGAUUUCUCGGAAAUAACGAAAGAUGCUCAAGUGUCAAGUAAAUUGAAGUCGCUCUACAGAGACAUCAACAACAUCGAUCUUUGGGUUGGCGGUUUAGCAGAAGAUCAUAUCCCUGGAUCUGACCUUGGGGCGACAUUUCACGCAAUCUUUAAAGAGGGUGUCUUGAGGAUAAGGGACGGCGACAGGUUUUGGUACGAGCAGACUAUGUCAAAAGAGGCAAUCGAAAUGAUCAAUAGUCUUACACUGGCUAGAAUCAUCAAGCUAAACACAGGCAUAAAGGAUGUGCCAGACAAUGUCUUCUUCUCUGCAAAACUUUGCAAAGCGGUUGUUAAUCACGAAUGUGUACCACGUGCUUCAGCCAGUGGAAAUAAUGAAACUCAGAGGAUAAAGAAAUUGAUGGAAGAGAAUGCAAUUCUGUCUGCAGCAAGCAAGGGUUCUACAAAGGCACUAGAUGAAGCAAACGACAAAAGCAGAAUGCUAGAGAUUCUCUGCAUCAUUCUUGGUGUAUUGACUCUGGCACUGUUGAUCAUGUAUGCUGUGAUCUGUAUUCGAAAGCGAGGAUCGAAUGGUUUCAAAUUAAGACGGGCAGAAAAUGGAUCAACAGCUCGUGUUGUCAUUAAUCCCCACAUCGAAAAUGAUCUUGAAAUCAAGAGUAAUGGGAAACAUUUCAAAAACGGAAAGACUGAGAAUGGCAGACUGGAAAUGGUUUUCUAAAGCCAAGAAGAUUGGUGCUUGUGUAUCUUGCAAUUAAAUAAUCUGAACUUCCAUUUUGUAUUUCUUGUGGGUAACAGCAACAUCUAUUGUCCAAAAAAUCAAAUUUUAUAUUUGAUGGAUUGAAGAGAUUUGCAACAUUCGCGUGUAAAUCAGGCACCGCGCAGCCAUUAGGCUAGCAGGGGCUAUAGCCCACCCACCUUUUUGCAAUAACAGGCUAGAAAAUUGAAGGUUUACUCUAACGCAACUUUGGAUAGUUUACUCCUAUGUAGUAGCAGUUCUCAUUGACUGGGAACCAUUUUUGUUCUUUUUCUAGGUUUUUCAACUUGUUUAAUGAUAUGAUGUAUUUUCUAAGCUAAAUCUAUCUAUUUUUAUAGUUAUUGAUAUCUUCUCUGAACCAGACUGUUAGUAAAAAUUCAAAAGAAAUAAGCAAGUAUUCUCUAAAAUGGGCGUUUUCAAGCGUUCAAGAGGGCAUGGCCUCAACAAAUUUUCUGUCACACUCAUUUCAGCUCCUCCACUUUUAGAGUGGUGCGCGGUCACUGGUAUAAAUUAACCAGUGUACGAGUUAAGAUAGUGGGAUUAUUUUUCAUUUUGCUGCUUCUUAAGCACAGAAGUCUGUAUCCGCUUGUUAAUGUCAACUAUAUGCUAUUCUGCACAAUAUCUAUGACAAUUCACUGGGAUGUUAUAAAACUAACGCCUUCAAGUUUUAAAUUACAGUAUCUAGAUCUUAGUAUUUUUUUUACUUUUGAUGUUUUAGGGUGCAGUAUCGCCCCACUGCUAUUAUUUUUCUUAAACAAUGUUGUAUGAAGGCUUGAUUUUGUUCUUUUCGUGGUCAGUAUUUUUAUAUGUAAAAGUGUACAACGUAGAAUCAGUUUUUUAAGGGAAUGUAGCUUUUUUAGUUACUUGUGAAAUGACUCUUGACUGUCAGAAAUUGUUUGCUUCUUUGUAUAGUACGCAAAUUUCGAUUUAAUUGCUUGAAUUCAGGUAUUGAUUGUUCAAUACAAAAGGACUGUUCAAGGUUCUGAACAAUAUGCUGAAUAAAAAGA